AUGAACAGCCGCGUCCUUUCGCCAGCAUGGUCAACACCUCAUACGCCACGCUCACCACUGUCAUCUGUCGCCUCUACGCGUCCAAAGCCGAAAAAGUUUGACGCAGAGGGCCUCUCGGGCUACAUGAAGCACCUGUUGAGCUCGACACUCGCUAGCCAAAGGUUUCCAGAGCUCAAGGAGCGUGAUAAAGUCAAGGCUUGGUGCCGCGAGAUUGGAGAACGUGUCAAGGAGCGGAUGCUGCAGAUAGAACCAAAUAACUUCAAGUUUGCAGUAAUUACACAAAUUUAUGAGAAACGAGGGCAAGGAGGGCGAGCGGAUUUAUGUUGCCAUUGGGAGGACACUGAUGCAGUCGCACAAGCCAUGUUUGACAACCUUUCGCUAUGCGAGUAUCCGCCUGACACUGGACAUCAUCUUGCACUCUUUCGAAGAGUUGCCCCCCUCCGAGCAUCGUUUAUGCCCUUGAUCACAGCUCUCAUAUCCAACCCCACCCUGUUUGCGCUUGUUAUGGAUAUAACCCGUGUAGCAAUGUAA